AUGGAGACUUGUCAGCCGAAGUCUACGCCGAUGAAUCCCAAGCAAAGCCUGAAUCAUGAUCCAGAGGAGGAAACUCCGGACGAGGAAGCAAAAGCUCGUUAUGCUACUGCCAUCGGUUCGUUAAUGUAUCUAAUGGUCGGCACGCGGCCGGAUAUUGCGUUUGCGCUGGGCAUGUUGAGUCGCUUCACGUCUCAGCCGCAAUCGCAACAUCAAGUCGCUCUGCAGCGAUUGCUUCGCUACAUUAAAGCCACGCAAUCUCAUCACAUUACCUACCGCAGUGGGCAGUUGAUCGGAUACACGGACGCCGACUUUGGGGGCUCCGUCGUCACUGACGGCGCAUACUCCACGUCGGGCUAUGUGUUUCAACUUGCAGGUGCACCAGUUUCCUGGUCAUCCAAGAAACAGGGGGAAGUGGCCACGUCUACCACCCAUGCCGAAUACAUCGGGCAGUACAAUGCCAUUCUGCAUCUGCAGUGGCUUCGCACGUCUCUCUCCGAAACGCAGUUGUAUCGGUCUCCGGUCACCAACAUCAUGGCUGACAACCAGUCCGCCAUCGCGCUAUCUCGCAACCCCGAGUUCCAUAAACGGACCAAGCACUUCAAUGUGAAGUUUCACUAUCAGCGAGCCGUGCUGGAUGCUGGCGAGAUUGAGCUUCAAUAUAUUCCAACUGGGGAACAGGCCGCGGACGGUCUCACCAAGCCAUUGGGACCUAUGGCCUUUGCCAAGUUUUGUAGUCUCUUGGGAGUCGAUGCUUCAGAGACUCCGAAACAAAACGCGUGA